AUGGGUAGGCGCGACGGCAGCGGGAGGGCCCAACGGAUGCAGAAAGGGGGGAUGCGGAACGGAGAAGGAAAGGAGAAAGGCGCGCUGCACCUGUCCCUGGUGUUCUCCCGGGAGCAGGGCUUGCUCGUCUUCAUCCACAGGUCCCUCGGCAUCGAGGAGUUUCGAGAUUGCAGGGAGGAAGCACUGAAGUUUCUUUGUGUCUUCAUGGAAAAAGUUGGUGACAAAGUUCAUCCUUAUGCCUGUAGUAUUAAGCAAACUUGUCUUAGUGUUUAUACAAAAGAGAGAGCAGCAAAAUGUAAAAUCCCAGCUCUGGAACUUCUGAUUAAGUUGCUUCAAAGUUUACGACGUUCCUGUCUGAUGGAAGAAAUGAAAGUUGGGGAGAUAUUUAAUAAAUUUUAUGGGGAACUUGCCACAAAAUCUAAAGUUUCUGAUACAGUACUGGAGAAGAUUUAUGAGCUUUUGGGAGUUUUGGGAGAGGUCCAGCCUAGUGACAUGAUUAAUAACUCUGAAAAACUAUUCCGAGCAUAUCUGGGAGAGCUUAAAACACAGAUGACAUCAGCUACAAGGGGACCCAAGCUACCUGUUGUAGCAGGAUGUCUGAGGGGUCUGGUUGCACUCAUGUACAACUUUACCAAAUCUGUGGACGAAGAUCCUCAGACUGCAAAGGAGAUUUUUGGUUUUGCAAUGAAGGCAAUCAACCCACAGGUUGAUCAGAAGCGAUACGCAGUACAUCUAGCUGGUUUACAGUUGUUCAGCUGGCAUGCUGCUCAGUUUGGUACCUUACUCCUAGACAACUAUGUCUCCCUCUUUGAAGCAAUGUGUAAAUGGUGUAGUCACACAAAUCAGGAGCUGAAGAAAGCCAGUCAUUCUGCCCUAGAUUCAUUCCUCAAGCAGAUUUCUUUAAUGGUAGCUAAGGAUGCAGAGCUACACAAGAGCACAUUGCAGUUCUUCAUGGAGCAGUUCUAUGGAAUCAUCAGAAGAAUGGAUUCAAGCAACAAAGAGUUGUCUAUCGCCAUUCGCGGAUAUGGGCUUUUUGCAGCACCCUGUAAAGCUAUACGUUCUAAGGAUGUUGAUGACAUGUACGUUGAGCUCCUUCAGCGCUGUAAGCAGAUGUACCUCACAGAAGCAGAAACAAUAGACGACCACCUGUAUCAGCUACCGAGUUUCCUUCAGUCCAUUGCAAGUGUGAUAUUCCAUAUAGAUGCGAUUCCUGAAGUAUACACUCCAGUUCUUGAACAUCUAGUUGUGCUGCAGAUCAAUAGCUUUCCACAAUACAGUGAAAAAAUGCAGUUAAUUUGUUGCAAAUCUAUAAUAAAGGUAUUUCUAGCCCUCUCAGGAAAAGGUCCAGUUCUCUGGAGUUUUAUUAGCACUGUGGUGCAUCAGGGAUUAAUCAGAAUCUUCUCCAAGCCAAUCACGUUUUCAAAGGAUUUUUUUGGAAAAGAAACUUCUGGAUCUGAAGACUCAGGUGAAGUUGGAGAGCUUGGGACAGGGAGAUCAAAAGUACCAACGUAUAAGGAUUAUCUGUAUCUCUUUAGAAGUCUACUGAACUGUGACACAAUGAAGGAAUGCUGUUUUGAAGAUGAAAACUUUCUUACUGCAAAUUCACCACUGCAGUCCCUGAAUCGCUUGCUAUAUGAUGAACUUAUAAAAUCUAUUUUGAAGAUUAUUGAGAAGUUGGACCUGACUGUUCAGAAAUUGGAUGUUAAUGAACAGGAUGAAAAUGAAACUGAUGGUGCCUUGAUUGGGCCUACUUCUGACCCUGCUUCAAACCUUCAGCCAACAAAGCCAACAGACUUUAUUGCCUUUAUAAAUCUAGUGGAAUUCUGCAGAGAGAUACUUCCAGAGAAGCAUGUUGAAUACUUUAACCCUUGGGUAUAUUCCUUUGGUUAUGAGCUUAUUAUACAUUCAACAAGACUACCUCUCAUUAGUGGAUUCUACAAGUUGCUUUCUGUUGCAAUGAAAAUUGCCAAGAAAAUAAAAUACUUUGAGGGUGUCAGCCCAGAGUGUCUCAGAAAAUGUCCUGAAGACCCAGAAAAGAGGUCCUGCUUUGCACUGUUUGUAAAGUUUGGAAAAGAGGUUACAGCAAAAAUGAAACAUUAUAAAGAUGAGUUGUUGGCAUCCUGUCUUAAUUUUUUGCUCUCUUUACCACAUGAUAUCGUCAUGCUUGAUAUCGCAGCAUAUAUUCCUGCACUGCAGAAUGCAUUUAAGCUGGGCCUUAGCUGUACCCCAAUGGCUGAUCUGGGACUGGAUGCUUUGGAAGACUGGUCAGCUCGCAUCCCCAGACAUAUAAUGCAACCUUACUACAAGGAUGUUCUGCCUCUUCUUGAUGGUUAUUUGAAAAACUCUACUUCUACAGCUGAAUCCCAGAAUAACUGGGAAGUAAGGAAGCUUUCUCAAGCAGCCCAGAAGGGAUUUAAUAAAGUUGUGAUACAGCGUUUAAGAAAAGCAAAGACUUCUUCACUGGAUGACAGUCCCUCCUUGGAAGCAGUGAGGACUAGAGUGGCACGCCUGCUUGGAUCUUUGGGAGGACAGAUCAGCCACAACUUAAUUACAGCUACCUCUGCAGAAGAGAAGAUGAAGAAAUGUGUAUCCUGGGACACUGAGAAGCGUCUGAGCUUUGCUGUACCAUUUGCAGAUAUGAAGCCUGUCAUCUACUUGGAUUUAUUCUUGCCUCGUGUGACUGAACUGGCUCUUUCUGCAAGUGACAGACAAACAAAAAUUGCAGCAUGUGAACUGCUACAUAGCAUAGUCACGUAUAUGUUGGGGAAAGCAUCUCAGAUGCCAGAAGGAUGUCAGGGUCCCCCACCCAUGUAUCAGUUGCAUAAGCGAAUAUUUCCAGUACUGCUUCGUCUUGCUUGUGAUGUAGACCAGGUAACAAGACAGUUGUAUGAGCCUUUAGUCAUGCAACUCAUUCACUGGUUUACGAACAACAAGAAAUUUGAGAGUCAAGAUACGGUGGUGUUCCUGGAAGCUAUCUUGAGUGGCAUAGUGGAUCCAGUUGACAGCACUUUGAGAGAUUUCUGUGGCCAAUGCAUACGAGAAUUUUUGAAAUGGUCUAUUAAGCAGACAACACCGAGGCAGCAGGAGAAAAGCCCAGCAAACACCAAGUCUCUUUUUAAACGGUUGUAUAGUCUUGCUCUUCAUCCCAGUGCUUUCAAGAGACUGGGUGCAGCACUUGCUUUUAACAGCAUCUACAGAGAAUUUAGGGAAGAGAAUUCUCUGGUGGAACAGUUUGUAUUUGAAGCAUUGGUUGUAUUUCUGGAAAGUCUGGCCUUAACCCAUACAGAUGAGAAAUCAUUAGGUACCACUCAACAAUGUUGUGAUGCUAUGAAUCACCUCAAGCGCAUAAUCAAGCAUAAAGCACCUUCUCUGAAUAAGGAAGGAAAACGACGAGUACCACGAGGAUUUCCAGCUUCAAAGUCAGUGUGUCUUCUGGACAUUGUCAUGUGGCUCUUAGUGCAGUGUGGGCGACCUCAGACAGAGUGCCGACAUAAAGCCAUGGAGCUCUUCUAUGAAUUUGUUCCUUUAUUACCAGGAAACAAGUCUCCAUCUUCUUGGCUGGCUAAUGUUCUAAAAAACCAAGAUGUUUCUUUCCUCAUUAACAAAUUUGAAGGAGGUGGCAGCGAUGCCACAAGUCUAUCUGGGAUCCUUUCUCAGCCAACUCUCCGUGGUAUGCAGGAGCCCUUCAGUUUACAGACUGUCAUGCGGUGGAUGGAUAUGUUCUUAGCAGCACUGGACUGCUACAAUACAUUCUUUGAGCUGCGAAUGAUCAAACCCCAUGAAAUACUGGGUGUAAAUGAAAGAUCCUCAUUCUUGGAGGCUGUGCAGUUCUUCCUUGAAACUAUUGCUUUGCAUGAUAUCCACACAGUAGAGCAGCGCUUUAAUUGCAGUUCAAAAGGCAGCAUGUUCAGUCCACAAGAGAGAGAUGCGUAUAAUUACAGCAAGUGUACCAUUAUAGUCCGAAUCAUGGAGUUUGUCACCAUGAUCCUGGAAACGUGCCAGCAGGAUUUCUGGAAGCUACUUGAGAAAGAAUUGCUUAAUGCAAGCCUUAUAGAGCUUCUGGUGGUGACAGUGUGUGAUCCAUCACACGUAGGCUUUAACACUGCUGAUGUGCAAGUCAUGAAAAAUCUCCCAGAUAUCUCCGUAAGACUCAUGAAAGCUUUGAUGAAAUCGCCCUAUAAGGAAUCUUUGAAACUGUGCAUAAAAAAAAGAAUCGCACCGCAGAGCCUUGAGGACCUUUGUUCUGUUGAUCUGUUUAAUUCAGAUGCACGUUUUGAUCAAGUUAGGUUUAGUGCUGUCCUUUCUGCCUGCAAGCAACUCCAGAAAUCUGGCCUGCUGCAUUCUGUUCUUCAAAAUCAGGAUGACGGGCCUUGUUUCUCAGUUGGCUCUAAGCUUCUUUCAGCUGUUUAUAAAGGUAUUGCACCUGGGGGUGAAAGGAUGUCUCUUCCAUCAUUAGACAUCAGCAGUAAGCGAUUAGCUGAUAGACUCCUGCAGCUAGCUUUUGCUAUUGAUGACCAGUGUGAGGAGCUAGUAAGUCUGCUGUUGAACACAGUGGUGUUAUCUGUGCCAUUAUCAGGAGCAUCCCAGAAAAACCUGAUCAGUUUCUCUCAUGGACAGUAUUUCUACAGCCUGUUCUCAGAAACCAUCAACCAACAGCUGCUGAAAAACCUGGAUGUGAUCAUAGUUCAGCUUAUGGAAUCAUCUGUCACCAAUCCCCAAAUGGUUGGUAGCAUUUUGAAUGGCAUGUUAGAUCAGAGUUUUAGAGAGCGUACUGUACGCAAGCAGCAAGGAGUGAAACUGGUCACAGCUGUGCUAAGAAACUGGAAGAAACUUGACAGCUGGUGGGCCAAAGGUUCAGCUCCCGAGAGCAAAAUGGCAGUCUUGACCCUGCUGGCAAAAGUUCUGCAGAUAGACUCUUCAGUUUCUUUCAAUACCAAUCAUGAAGCAUUUACAGCUGUUUUUAAUACCUAUACCAGUCUACUUACUGAUCAGAGUUUAGGCUUAAAUCUUAAGGGCCAAGCAGUGAUAAUUCUUCCAUUCUUCACUAAUUUGACUGGAGAAAAACUUCAUGAGCUUAAGAAUGCUCUUGAUGAACUUGUAGCUUUCAAUUUUCCCAUGAGGUCAGAUGAGUUUCCCAAAGGAACCUUGAAGCACAAUAACUACGUAGACUGCACUAAAAAGUUUUUAGAUGCAUUAGAAUUGUCUCAGAGUCCAAUGCUGUUGCAGUUGAUGACAGAAGUCCUCUGCAGGGACCACAGACAUUUCAUGGAGGACUUAUUUCAAGCCAGCUUCAAAAGAAUUUCCAGAAGGAGCACCACUGACAAACAAGUGGUACUGUUGGACACUGUUCACAAAAUGUUCCAGAGUGAAGACCUUCUUUCAAAUACGACCCGUCAGGCAUUUAUGGAUCGCUCCCUCCUCACUCUCCUGUGGCACUGCAGCUUGGAUGCACUUAGAGAAUUCUUUGGCAAGAUUAUAGUGCAGGCUAUGGAUGCACUUAAUUCAAGGUUUACAAAGUCCAAUGAAUACAUUUUUGAUAUGCAAGUCACAAAGAAAAUGGGGUAUUACAAGCUGCUGGAAGUGAUGUAUGUGCGUCUUUCAAAAGAGGAUGUUUACUCCAAGGACUCUAAAAUUAACCAAGCUUACCGUGGCUCCAUGAGUGUAGAAGGAAAUGAACUUACCAAGACACUAAUAAAGUCAUGCUAUGAUGCAUUUACAGAAAACAUGGCAGGAGAGAAUCAGCUGUUGGAGAAGAGGAGACAGUAUCACUGUGCAGCAUAUAAUUGUGCUAUUGCUGUUAUCAGCUGUAUUUUCACUGAAAGUAAAUUUUAUCAAGGCUUUCUUUUUACAGAAAAAGCGGAAAAGAACUUGCUGAUUUUUGAAAAUCUGAUAGACCUGAAGCGUCAGUAUACAUUUCCUGUAGAAAUUGAGGUGCCUCUGGAAAGGAAGAAGCGAUACAUUGCUAUUAGAAAGGAGGCCAGGGAUGCAGGGAAUAGCGAUCAGGAUGAACCCAAGUAUUUAGCUUCUGCAUCAUACAUGAUGGAUAGCAGUUUGAGUGAGGAAAUGAGUCAAUUUGAUUUUUCUACUGGAGUUCAAGGCUUUUCUUUUAGCUCCCAAGAUGUUACAGCUAGCAGCGCUCGUUUCAGGAGAAAGGAGCCCACAGAAUACAUGGUUUUAAAUGAUGAAAUGGAACUGGAAAUGGAUGAACUCAACCAACACGAAUGUAUGGCUUCUAUGACCACUCUGAUUAAACAUAUGCAGAGGAACCAGAUCACACCCAAAGUAGAAGAGGGAACAGUUCCAGUAGAUCUUCCUCUUUGGAUGAAAUUUCUGCACGGCAAAUUAGGAAACCCAUCAGUACCACUAAAUAUUCGCCUCUUCAUAGCAAAACUUAUUGUUAAUACUGAGGAUGUUUUCCGCCCUUAUGCAAAGCAGUGGCUUGGUCCAUUGCUGCAGCUUGUUGUUUCUGGGAAUAAUGGAGGUGAAGGGAUUCAUUACAUGGUAGUGGAAAUAGUGGUUACUAUCCUUUCCUGGACAAGUGUAACCACUCCCAAAGGGAAUAUUAAGGAUGAGAUUUUAGCUAACAGAUUGCUUGAAUUCUUGAUGAAGAAUGCCUUUCACCAAAAAAGAGCUGUGUUCAGACACAAUCUUGAAAUCAUAAAGACAGUUAUAGAGUGUUGGAAGAACUGUCUCUCUAUACCUUACAGUUUAAUACAUGAAAAGUUUUCUAGUGGAGAUCCUGAUACAAAGGACAACUCAGUGGGAAUUCAGCUGUUGGGAAUUGUUCUUGCUAACAAUUUACCUCCCUUUGACCCAAAGUGUGAAAUAGAUCGUGUCAGGUAUUUUCAGGCUUUGACCAGCAACAUGGGUUUAUUAAAGUAUAAAGAAGUUUAUGCAGCUGCAGCAGAAGUGUUGGGACUCGCUCUUCGAUACAUUGCUGAGAGAGAAAAUGUACUUGAACAUCCAGUUUAUGAUUGUGUCAUAAGACAAUUAAAACAUCAUCAGAACACCCAACAAGAUAAGUUUAUUCAAUGCUUGAAUAAAGUUGUUAAGAAUUUUCCACCUCUUGCUGACAGGUUUAUGAAUGCAGUAUUCUUUUUGAUACCCAAACUUCACGGUGUGAUGAAAACCUACUGUCUGGAAGUCAUAAUGUGCCAGGCAGAAGAAAUACCUGAUCUCCAUUUGCAGUUAAAGAGUAAAGACUUUAUCCAGAUCAUGAAUCACAGGGAUGAUGACAGGCAAAGGGUUUGUUUGGAUAUAGUGUACAAGAUGCUGUCUAAACUAAAACCACUAGAACUUAAAGAACUUCUUCCUGGAGUGACAGGGUUCAUUUCUCACCCUUCUGUAAUAUGUCGACAGCGCAUGUAUGAUAUUCUGAUGUGGAUUUAUGAUAAUUACAGUGAUCCAGAAAGCCAAGCAGAUGGUGAUUCUCAGGAAAUAUUCAAACUGGCAAAAGAAAUCCUGCUUCAAGGACUGAUUGAUGAGAAUGCCGAACUGCAAUUAAUUGUUAGGAAUUUUUGGAGUGAUGAGACGAGGUUACCUGGAAAUAUUCCUGAUCGCAUGCUGGCAUUGUUAAAUUCUUUAUAUUCCACCAAGAUUGAAACACAGUACUUGAGUCUAAUCACGAAUUUUCUGCUUGAAAUGACUAGCAAGAGCCCAGAUUAUUCCAGAAAAAUAUUUGAGCAUCCACUGUCUGAAUGCAAAUUUCAGGACUUUGUAAUUGACUCCAGCUGGCGUUACCAAAGUACUGUGCUGACGCCUAUGUUUGUGGAGACUCAAGCUUCUCAGAGUAUCCACAGGAAUUUAUCACAAGAAAGAUCCCUUUCUGCUUCUGGGUCAGUCAGUGGUCGAGUGAGGGCUACCCAACGGCAGUAUGAAUUUACACCUACACAGCAUGUCAGUGGUAGAAGUUCAUUUAAUUGGCUAACUGGAAGCAGCAUUGACACAUUGGCAGAGUAUACAGUUCCUUCAUCCUCUGAAUCCUUGUCUUCAUCCAUGCUGUUAGUUAACAAACGGAGUGAAAAAUUUAAACAAGCAACCUUUAAACCAGUGGGGCCGGAUUUUGGGAAAAAAAGGUUGAGUUUGCCUGAAGAUGUUGUGGACAGCAAAACUAAAGGUAUAGAAGAACGAGCAGAAAUUCUAAGACUGCGGAGGCGUUUCUUGAAGGACCAAGAAAAACUCAGUUUGAUUUAUGCUAGAAAAGGUGUGGCUGAACAGAAAAGAGAAAAGGAGAUAAAAUCUGAGCUGAAGAUGAAGCAUGAUGCCCAGGUUACUUUGUACAGAAGUUACCGAGUAGGAGACCUUCCUGACAUCCAGAUUGAAUACUGCAGUCUCAUUGCCCCUCUGCAGGGCCUUGCCCAGAAAGAUCCAACAUUUGCCAAGCAGCUUUUCAGCAGUUUGUUUGGUGGAAUUUUUCAUGAGAUAGAAAAAUCUAAAACUCCUUCUGAGAAAAAAGGCAUCAUCCAGAAGCUGCUGUACAACUUCAAUAAUUUCCUGGGGAUGAGCAUGACUUACUUCCCGCCAUUCAUUGCCUGCGUCCAG